GUUUUUUUCAUCCAAUUUAUCUAUUCUGGACAAAUUCUGCAAUUUGGUUGUGAAUUUAUGGAUUACCUUAUGACAGCCUUAUAUUUAAAGUUUGUAACAAAAUCUUCCUUUUACCCCAUUCCUUCUGCGACUCCAUCCCCCACGCACAGCAAGGAUGUGCCCUCUUGGUUGGCAUAGAGAAAUCUAUUCUUGCUAUUAUGUCUCAAAAAGCAAGAAGACAUGGGAUGAGGCAAGAGAUGAGUGUCAAACAUUAAAUUCUCAGCUUACCACCAUUUCCAGCAGUGAUGAAAGGGUAAGUCGCUUUUACUACAAGCAUUAUCAGUUGCUAAACAAGUAUCUAAUUUCUUGAAAAAUUCCAAAAUUAUUUAUUUUGACAAAGUAGCACCUUUUCGUUUCUUAUUCACAAAAGUGAGAAUUGCUAGGAACUGAAAGUGAAUUCAAAGAGAAUUUCUACAUUUAUUCUAAAAUAGCUAAAUUAGAAAAAAAAACAAUAGGUUCUGUUUUCAUUUUGCUAUUUUGGCCUUAAAUGUGAAAUUUACAUUGAAUUCACUUUUAAUUCCCAACAAUUCUUAUUUUAGUAAAUAACACUUCAUGUGUUUCAAAGGAGACCAAAUUUUAAUAACGGCACUUUCUCUCAUUAAUCACAAGAUACAUGGUCAAAGGAAAUAUGGUUUGAUAAAAAAAAAAAACAAGGAAAAAUGAUGCAUGCAAGUGGCAAUAUGGUCGAAAAGUACUUGUAGAGAAGAAAAUUAUAUGAAGCUAAAUGAGAGAUAGUAGACUCAAGGUCAUGCAGGAUUUAUGGACUUACAUUGGCCAUUGUCUCAGAUAGAGAACCAAUAGCUCCUUGAAACAACCACAUCGUCUUUUUCCAGCGCAGGUGGUAUUUCUCCUGAUACAUGCGAUGGUGAGGUUCCUAGCGCUUGUUAGAUCCAGGAUUCAACCAAUUCUUCUGGCAGUUGUAGGUGAAAUAUUUCUUUGUCUACCUGACCUUGACUUGGUAUCAAGAGACCUCCGAAUUUUCCACUUCCUAAUAAGUGAUUGAACAGCACUGACUGGCAUUUUCAAGGCUUUGGAUAUCUUUUUAUAUCCCUUUUCAUCUUUACAAAGUUCCAUUACCUUGUUACGAAGGUCUUUUGACAGUUCUUUUCUGCUCUGCUUGGCUCAAUAUCUAGCCUGCUCAGUGCAUCCAUAUGAGAGCUAACAAACUCAUUGACUAUUUAUACACACUAAUUGCAAUUUAAAAAGCCACAGGUGCAGGAAAUUAACCUUUAAUUGCCAUUUUAACCUGCAGUUGUCACCUUGUGUGUCUGUAACAAGGCAAAACAUUCAAGAGUAUGUAAACUUUUGAUCAGGGCCAGUUGGGUGAUUUUAUUAUGAUUUAAAAAGGAGCCAAACAUACAUGUGAUAAUAAAUGGUUUCAUAUGAUCACUAUCCUUCAAUAAAAUAUUCUUCCAGUUUGUACACAGGUGGAGAAAAAACAACAAAACAAUGCAAUAUUUCAAAACAUACAUACACUGCUUUAAAUGGAAACUGUAGGCACCCAGACCACUUCAGCUCAUUGAAGUGGUCUGGUGCUGGGUCCUUUUUGCACCUAGUGCUGCAAUGUUAAACAUUGCAGUUCCAUAGAACUGCAAUGUUUACAUUGCAGCUUUAAGUCUGCACACAUUGGCUGUCUACCAGACAGCCACUAGAAGGCUUCCUGAUUCGAAACGGACCUUUGGUCCAAUGUCUGAUGCUGGACGUCCUCAUGCGUCCUCCAGCGUCAGAUUUUUCCACAUAGGGAAGCAUUUAUUAAUGCUUUCCUAUAGGGAAAUCCUAAUGCGAGCGCAGUCAUUGCCGGCCAUGAACAUUAGGUCUACCUCGUUGGCUGCUGUCGGUGGGUGAGGAGCGUGGGUGGAGUCUAACCCAGCGCCGAGGGACAUCGCUGCAGGAGAGGGAGGAGCAAGGGAGGGUGGCACCUUAAAAACCUAUAGUUCCAGGUAAACGGAUUUGUUUUCCUAGCCCUAUAUAAUCUCUUUAAUGAUUUCAAACUUACAAGGAGGACAUUUUGGUAAACUCAUCAGUAAAGUCCUGAAAGCUGCAAGUCCAUAUCUUCAGAUGUAGUACUUAUAAAAAAGGAAGUUCGCAUUAGAGCAGUGUGUGUAUGUUUUGAAAUAUUGCACCAUGUUUUCUUGUUUUUUUCUCUACAUGUGUUUAAAAAACUGGAUGAAGAUACUCUGAAGUGGAAGCACUUAUAUAUAAAGUGCCAUCUGUAAUAUUUGAAGUGCCUAUCACAGAAGAUUUUCCUGUGAGUUCAAUCAGUGAAUAUUAAAAUCUUGAAAAUGUUAUACAUUAUUACUUUAUGUGUAUCUUAGAUAUUUUGUCCCUGUAGAUAUACGUUAUUGUGGAGUUUUUUUGAGGAGUCCAUUUUUUUACUCCAGUGUACACUUUCUUAAAGGGUAAUUGUGAUAAAACCCCUGUUUUGUGGCUACCAGGGCCCUUUCUUCCGUAUGCUGUUCGUGCAUUUAGCACUAUUUUAUUCCCUUUUAUUGUACCGAACAAACUAUGAACAGACAGACCACACGCAAUGGGAGUGUGCAGCUUAUUAACCUCCCAGAAGCUGUGGCUAACCACAACUAAUUGACGAACAUCUGGGUGGUUGCCGUUCGUAUGAACGAACACAUGGCGUCGGCCAUCUUAAAUUGAUGAACACCCAGCAGUGUUUGGUCGUCGACCGCAUGGAACUGUUUUCGGCCACUGUUUCCCAUGAACACCGCUGGGACUGCCAAACUUCCAUCCCUUUCGUCACGUCGUUCGGUACAUUCAUAACACACGAACUGGACCGACCCGGAUAGCUAAAUCCAUGGAGCUAAUUCUGGACAGAUUUCUGGUGAUUUGACUGUGUUCAGGGGAUCUGAGAGCUAUUUGGAUAUAUUGAGCGCUCAGAUCCAAGCUAUCUGGGGAUAUGUCGAAUGUGAGGGUUCUGUUCGGUGUAAUAUAAGUUAUGGAUUUUAAUGUAUUUUGUUACAGUUGUAAAAUGGAAAUAUUUUCUCUACCUUGAGAUAAUUGAGUUUACUAAAGCCACUUAACCUAAUUAUCUCCAGGAUAGAGAGGAGGGAUUUCCCUGUUUAUGUGGGAGUGUUUUAUAUUGUACUGUAUGAUGAUUGGUUACUGUAACUCGUGUUUCCGUCCUCCACAAGGUCCCUGUGGUAGUAUCCCUUGCUGGAGGACCUGCAUAAAAGGCCAAGCUGUGGCCACCAUUAAACAGAUAGUUUUACCCCUUCAUGAAGUCUUGGCUCAUGUUUGGGGGAUUGGGAGCUAUAAUUCACUUCACCUUCUGCUACACUUGGAUUUCGGGAGAUUCUGCACGGAUAUACUCAGCUGGAGUAUAAGGGAUCCAUUACAGUAAUAUGUUUAUUUGUUUGUUUAUUCAUUUAUACACUAUCAGAUAAGAGGUGUGUAUGAAUAGGUUUUUGGUAUUUCUGUUAGCGUAUUAAAUGUGUCUUUUAUUUCCCCAGAAAAUUUUAAGCAAAAUUUAUGAGAACAAAGAGAGGUACUGGAUUGGACUUCGAAGGGAUAGAAACAAUAUUGAUGUCUGGAAGUGGAUGGAUGGGACAGUGAUGACCUAUUCGUGAGUGUGACCUUUGUAUAUAGCUUAAUGAACUUCCUUUACCCUAAUAAUAGUGAGGGUGGGCCAAUAAAUCUAAAACAUAAAAAAAAAUGUUAAAAUGAUAAAAAGAAAAAAAAUAUACUUACCAUCAGAAGUCUUCUUUCUUCUAAUUCUUCUGUUCUUCAUCUCCUGGACAGACCAAAUUAAAAUCCUAAUAAACAACUUUACUAAUUAAUAUAAAAAAGGUACGAUCGCAAAAAAAAGAAAAAUUAAAAGCCGCACCUCAAUAAAAACAAUCCAUUAUCAUCAAAGGAGAGUUUACAGAAUGAGCUCUGAUAGCGGGAAAACCCCUUAUAUAGGCUUUCCCAUGCUAUCACAUCUACUACAAAGUGUGGGGUAAUUUUGCACACUUUGCAAUAUGACCAAGAGUGUUCUGAUUUGUUGGCUAGAAGUCUCACUGGCCUCUUUUUGGCCUGGAGAACAAAUUAAUUAGAAGUAAGAAGUAUUUUGAUGGUAAGUGUAAUUUUUCUUAACAGGUUUUAGAUUUAUUGCAUCCCACACAAACACAUUGACAUGUCCACUCCCCCUUUUUUAUAAUAUUUAGGGAUCCACACAUCACCCAUUGGUGGAGGCUGGUGGGGACACUAUGCCCCCUCUUUGUAAUUAACAUUAGGGACCCUAACCCUCGCCUGUGGGUGGUAGCCACAGUGUUUGACACUAGCUCCUCCGCCCUAUAUUAUUAAUAUUAGAGUAUCCACCACAUGUUGCCCAUGGAACAUAACCCUUAUUAACCACGAUUUUUUCACAUAAGUAAUACAAAUUACUGAAAAGGAAAGUAAGAAACAUAAUGAAAAAGCAAGCAAAACAUGGAGCAUUGCCAAUCUCGUCUCCAACUCUAGUCAGGUUCUUGAACAGGCCUCCACUAACCAUCUCUAAACAAAGGGGACGAAGGUGUUUUGGAUCUCAUGUACGGACAGUAGGAUGACUUGCUGCUAGGAGGAGGAAUCAAAUGCCUCAUAAGAGGCUCCACCUGUGAAAGAGCUGCCGAGUAGACUCUAAAGUCCAAGGAGGGAUGGUGAGCAGUAGGCCCCAGAUCUGAGUCUUAGUCACUUCAUCUUUGGGGUAAGAACAAAUGGCAUUUAUAUGCACAAGGGGAUAUCUGAAGGUAAGUGCAGGGACACUUCCAACUGAAUGGCUCAAUGGGCUCAAGAUUAUCAGUAUUAUUGAACAAGGUCUGUGGGUGUUGCAAAAUACAAGGAGGGAAAAAAGCAUUUGAUGUUGAACGUGUUUUCUGCUAAGGGGACAGGACAACUUCACAGCAUCAAAGGGACAAUGGACAGCAGGCCCGGACUGGCCAUCGGGCAAACCGAGCAAAUGCCCGGUGGACUGUGAUGGCCACAGGCCAAGACCGGACAGGGAGAUCCUCUGAUCUCUCCGGCCAUUCCAUGCAGAGCCGGCACUAUCCGAGCACCGGCCCUGCUGCAUUUCAUGGUGGGAUGGUGGGGAGAUCGAAGAUCUCCCUCACCGGCCCACAUGCAGUCAAAGGCAGCAGCCAACGGGGGAAAGAGGGAGGGAGAAAGCCAGGAGAGGAACCCGGAGGAGCUCUAACUUGCACCUCCGCCGAGAUCCGGACCAUUGCCAUGGAUGCCAGCAGUACGACCCCCCUUCCAGGCUACAUGUAAAAAAGGGGAUAUAAUGUCUGUUUUUUUUUUUUUUAUUAUUAUAAAACAAUUUUUAAUAAUUACAUCAAUCUUGCCAUUUACCUGCCUCCCCCAAAACACAAUCCUUACAAACACAAACAGCACCCUAACACACACAUACACAGCACCCUAACACAGCACCCUAACACACACCCACACAGAACCCUAACACACACACACAAACACAUCACCCUCACACAGCAUCCUAACACACACACAUCACCCUCACACAGCACCCUAGCUCACACACAUCCCCCUCACACACACAGCACCCUAACACAGAAACACACACAUCGCCCUCACACAGCACCCUAAUGCACAUCACCCUCACACAGCAUCCUAACACACACAGCACCCACACACACGCAGCACACCUCACACAGCACACCUCACACACACAUACUACACCCCUCCACACACAGCACCCUUAUACACACUAUACUCCUCACAAAUGCACACUACUCCCCUCACACAUACACACUACACCCUUCACACACACACUGCACACCUCACACAUACACACAGCAGCCCGCAAACACGCUGCACCACUCACACACACACACAAUACUUCCAAACAUAUAUGUAUAUAUACUACAGAACCCCUCACACACAUACUGCACCCCUAGACACAAUAAAUUCCAGACUAACACUAGAUUCCUUACCCAACUCUGGAUCAUCUACAGAUAUGCACACACUAGAUCUCUAUAUACACACUGAAUCCUCUAUAUACACACACUCACUAGAUCUCGUAUACCUUCAAACACACACUAGAUCCCCUACACACAGACGCUGCACUACCUACACACACACUACAUUUCUGAUAUACUCAUUCUGGAUCCCCAAUGAACACACUAGACACACAUAGUGUCUCCAUAAAUGGGAUACAGUGAGUAUCCCAAUUAUGGAAACCCCUAAGACAAGUUUCAAGCAAACACAACACAAGCAUGUUAUUAAAUUUGCUUGCGCUGUGCAGAACAAAUACAGGGCCCUUUUCUCAUGCCCUGGAAGAGCAUUGAACCAACAUGCCCACUUUGAGAUGGGGCAUGCUUGUCAUUGGGGAUGACAAAACACACUCUAUCUGGCCCUGCCCCCUUUUCACUGGGCCGCUGUGAAUAAAAAAUGCCCGUGCCGAAUUUUUUUCCCAGUCCGGCCCUGAUGGACAGGGCCAUGUACCAUCAAAUCUUCGGUGAGAACCUCCUUUCCUCAGCCAGGGCAUUGAAAAUGGGUUGUGGAUGGGUAUUCCUGCAUGACAAUGACCGAAAACACACAGCGAAGGCAACAAUGGAGUGGCUCUAGAAGAAGCACACAAAGGUUCUGGAGGGGCCUAGCCAGUCUCCAGACCUUAAUCCAAUAGAAAAUCUGUGGAGGGUGUAGCGGAACGAGGGUAGCCCGACCAGUCACGUCCGCUAAUUCUCUUCCUUCAGCCAUUCAGGAACCCUUACAACAAGCAGGCAUCCAUUUCCCCCUCAGUAACGGACGCCACAUAGUCCUGGAGGUAAAGACACUGAAAAUCCAUUAUUGGUACACACAGCUUUUUAAACACAGAUGCCCGCAGGUGGUCUCUGUUAAGUUGAACAUAAUCCUUUGACCCAGACAGGAGAAGGGGGAUGGGUUACAGAUAACCAUCUCUCGCUCUUGGAGAUACCAACAGGACACAGUAACAUACAUUAAAACAUAUUACACACAGGGGGGGACUUAGGGCCUCUGCGCCACAGGAAGGGAAGGGGUCACCCAUGUAACACAUAUAUUGCUGGAUAGCCCCGGGUCCCAACUAGGAUCCCUGCAAAAAGUGGGGCUAUCAGAUGUAUAGAGUCUGAGAAAUCAUCAGAUAAAGUCUGUGGCUCGGGGCUUUGUACAUCCCUGCAUUAGUUCCACAGCAUUGCUUGGUUUAAUCCGGGGAAUUCAAACUUUGCGCCUGAACCAAGCAACAGUCAAUCUGGAAAAAGGACACGAACCACACAUCAUGACAAUCAGCACUCAGGGAGGAGAGGGGUUUCGCCGCCCAAUCAGGAGAAAGGGCGCGAAUGCCAUGUACACCAAUCAGAAGAAAGGGUACAAAACCCUGUUUGAAUAGGCGCUCCUCCUCUGAUUGUCCGUCUGCGCCCCACAGCGCUCACUCGUGCAGACCCAUCAGGAGAAUGGCGCAAACCCAGUUUGAAUGGGACUAGAGAGCUUAAAGUAGUGUACCUGAAAUGAAUACUGGGAUAUAUAGCGGAUAUUGUUAAGGAUGAAUCCAGAUAAAGUAGAGUCACGAGAGCUGAAAUCUAAAAGACCAAACGGUCAAAAUAACAAAUUCUUUAUUAAAGACUAUAAAAAUGUCUAAUGACAAUAACCCAAAGUGCUAGACAUUCUUAAAAAAAAAAGUGAAAACCAAAACAAUAAAACAAAAAAUAUAUAUACAGAUAAAUAAAUGAAUCGAUGUAAAUAAAUUGAUGUAAAUAACAAAAGUCAGUAGACUCGGGCGUCAGAGAAAUGGUAGUCAAUGAGUAAGUAACUAGGGAGAACGGCUACUGUAUAUGGUAGAAUAUAUGUAGAAUAAAUGAGGCAAGAAUAUGAAUCAUGCAUACCUUGCCCUAUAUGUUAACAAUAGGAUAGUGCAAUUGCAGAGUGAUGGUAGUCACUGUAGUAGCUUUGGUUACAAUGCAGCAGAGGGCCAAAUAUAGCAUGUGGUGCUUAUAGAAACAAAGGGUUUAAAUAUUUAUUUCACUCAUUGAUAUGCAAAUCAAUUUAUAACUUUUUUGACAUGCGCUUUUUUAUUUUAAUUUUUAUUGUUGUUAUUCUGUCUGUCACUGUUAAACUACACCUAGCAUUAACCCCUUUAGACCGGAGGGCGUACUAUUACGCCCUAUUAUAGGCGGCUCUAAACGCCGCCGGGCGUAAUAGUACGCCCUCCGGUCUUUCGGUACUUACCCGGUCGCCGGCGGUCCCACGCCGGCGAUCGCGGUGGGGGGGACUCCCAGGGAGCCCCCCGCGGCACGUCUGUCCUCCACGAAGCCCCCCGGCCGUGUGAGAGUGGGGUCCUUGCGAGGACCCCACAAUCACAUGGCCGGGGAUAGCUGGCUUCUGUAUUGCCAGCAGGGGGGCUGCCUGUAAUGACAGGUGGUCCCCCUGCUGGCUGAAAAUAAAAUUAAAAUGAGUUAAAAGUGUAAAAAAAAUAAUAAUAUAUACUUAGAUCAUCUACAUCUUAGAUAUAUAUAUGAUCUAAGUAUAUAUAUACACAUAUGCAUACACACAUAUACACUGUCUAGGUGUAUUUUACUAUUAAUAUAUAUAUAAUUAUAUAUAUAUAUAUUAAUAUCAAAUUACAGGUAGACUGAUACUGAUUAAAUAUAUAUAUAAUUAUUGUUAUAUAUAUAUUUAUAUGUAAUAUAAAAAAAAUAAAAAUGUAAAUACGUUAAAAAAUAAAAUUAAAAAAAAUUAAUUUAGAUGUGUGUUAUUUCGUUCUAACUGUAUUGUGAAAUUAAUAUAUAUAUAUCAAAAUACACGUAGAACGAAAUAAUAUAUAUAUCUAUAUACAUAAAUAUAUACGUAUAUAUCACUAUAUAUACCUAUAUAUAAAUAAAAAUAUUUUUUAAAAAUUAUAUAGAUAUAUACAUAUAUAUACACAUACGUAUAUAUAUACAUAUAUUAAUUCUACAUAUAUAUUUAUGUAAUAUUUUUACAUAAUUAGGUAUCUUAAUUAAUUACAAUUAGCGGGACCUGCCUGACAACCCAUGCCAAAAGUAAAGGGAAUUUAAUUUGCUAGCACUAUAUUUAACCCUAUAAUUUUCCAAGACACCAUAAAACCUGUACAUGGGGGGUACUGUUCUACUCGGGAGACUUCGCUGAACACAAAUAUUAGUGUUUCAAAACAGUAAAAUGUAUUACAACGAUGAUACCGCCAGUAAAAGUGACGUUUUUUGCAUUUUUCACGCACAAACAGCAUUACACGGACAAUAUUAUUGCUGUGAUACUUUUUACUGUUUUGAAACACAAGUAUUUGUGUUCAGCGAAGUCUCCCGAGUACAACAGUACCCCUCAUGUACAGGUUUUAUGGUGUUUUCAAAAGUUACAGCGUCAAAUAUAAGGCUUGCGUUUCAUUUUUUCACAUUAAAAUUCGCCAGAUUGGUUACGUUGCCUUUGAGACCCUAUGGUAGCCCAAGAAUGAAAAUUACCCCUAUGAUGGCAUACCAUUUGUAAUAGUAGACAACCCAAGGUAUUGCAAACAGGGUAUGUCCAGUCUUUUUUAGUAGCCACUUAGUCACAAACACUGGCUAAAAUUGGCGUUUUUUGCAUUUUUCACACACAAACAAAUACUAACGCUAACUUUGGCCAGUGUUUGUGACCAAAUGGCUACUAAAAAAGACUGGACAUACCCCAUUUGCAAUACCUUGGGUUGUCUACUAUUGCAAAUGGUGUGCCAUUAUGGGUGUAAAUUUCAUUCCCGGGCUACUAUACAGUCUCAAAGGCAACGUAACCAAUCUGGCGAAUUUCAAUUUCAAAUGUAACGUGCUAUAUUUGACCCUCUAACUUCCCAAAACGCCAUAAAAAACCUGUACAUAGGGGGUACUGUCUUACACGUGAGACUUUACUAAAUACAAAUAUGUGUAUUUUAUUGCAGUAAAAGCAAUCAGUAUUAUGACACUGACCUUUAAAAUGUCAUUUAGAACUAAAAAAAUUUUAAAAAUCGUAUUUUCUCCCAUUUUUUUCAUAUUAAAUUAUGUUUCAUAGCUAAAUAUUUGAUAUUAAAUAUAAUUUUUCCACCUGCACUGUGAAUGUUUACAUGGUGUGUUCAAUAAAAACAUGGCAACAUUUCAUUCUUUGUAUGUUAUUCGUUUAAGCAGACUGUGAUUGUCUAUUGUUGUGACUUAGAUGAUGAUCAGAUCACAUUUUAUGACCAAUUUGUGCAGAAAUCCAUAUCAUUCCAAAGGGUUCACAUACUUUUUCUUGCAACUGUAUAUGUUGUGAAAUAGCCAAGGUGGUACCCAUUUUGAAUUCAGUACCUUUCCAAACCUCAUGGCUGCAGAGAUUAUACCCAGCAGUAUCAACCAUAAAAUGAGUACUGCAUAGAUAGAUACAAGAAGCAAAAAUGUAUCAAAUAUUAAAAUGUUUUGAUUAAAGAAUGUAAAUUAUUAAUUUCAGCUUUCAAUUAGAUUAUUUCAACUUUAAUAGUGUGUUUGGUUUUUUUAAUGCAGCAACUGGGACACGGAUGAACCUAAUAAUGAAAAAAACAACGAGCACUGUGCUGAGACCAUGGCAGGACCUUGGAAUGAUCAAGAUUGUAACACAAUGCAAAAAUUUAUCUGCAAGAAAGUGUGAAACUGCUGGGAGUCAUAUGUUUUCCUUAGAAACUAUAUAUAUAUAUAUAUAUACAUAUAGCAUUGAGAUUUAAAAGGGAGUUAUUUACUACUUUUGUUUUGUUAUAUGUUAAAUAAAUGUGUUAUAUGAUCAAAGAGGUGUCAUCUAUAUAAUAACGGAGGUAACCGGUGGACUUCUGAUGAUGCCUAAACCCUUUUGGAUCUGGUAUGCCUAAUACCAUGUUGAUCCUGUAAGUGCUAUCUAAGCUAAGCGCAAAGUUAUAACAUAACGAUUUGCUAUUAUUGUUUUAUUUUCUGUCCUGCAUGCCCAUUUAUUGUGCUGAACAUCCUCAAUCAUCUUUAAACGGUUUGAUAUGCCUACAAUCAAACGUAUGUUUGUAACUGCAUCUUAAGGAAUUUGAUUUUAUCAUGUAUAUUAACGUUAUUACCCUAUGAGAUUAAUUUUGUUUCUACUGUAG